AACAUAUUGCAGAGUGAUUUUGUAGGCCUGACAGGGCAUGUCAAGUUUAAUCCUGACAAGUCUCUCAUUUUUCCUGCAUAUGACAUUAUAAACAUAAUUGGAACCGGUGUUCGUCAAAUUGGUUAUUGGUCUAACUACUCUGGACUGUCAACUGUGCCUCCCGAGAAUCUGUAUUCAAGGCCACCCAACCAUUCAAGUGCAAACCAACAAUUAUAUAGUGUUGUUUGGCCUGGGCAGACAGUAAGUAAACCUCGUGGAUGGGUUUUCCCAAAUAAUGGGAAGCAGUUGAGAAUUGGGGUGCCCAACCGAGUUAGUUAUCGAGAAUUUGUGUCUCAAGUCCCAGGUACUAAUACUUUCAAAGGAUUCUGCAUAGAUGUAUUCACAACGGCUGUAAACUUACUGCCGUAUGCUGUUCCAUAUCAAUUCAUCCCCUAUGGAAAUGGCCACGAAAACCCGAGCUACACCGAACUUGUUAAGUCAAUCACAACAGGAUUGUUUGAUGGUGUUGUUGGUGACAUUGCCAUUGUGACAAAUCGAACCAAAGUUGUGGAUUUUACCCUGCCAUUUGCUACUUCUGGACUUGUUGUAGUAGUCCCAUUUAAGAGGUUGAGCACGGGAGCUUGGGCUUUCCUAAGACCUUUUUCUGCUACACUGUGGGGUGUUAGUGCACUUUUCUUUCUUCUUAUUGGAAUAGUGGUUUGGAUUUUGGAGCAUCGGACCAAUGACGAGUUUCGUGGACCGCCAAAGAAGCAGCUGAUUACCAUUCUAUGGUGAGUUCAAAGUCAGGGUUCGUGUACUUAUUUAGCAAGUUAUUAUUUAUUGUUGUGGAAAAAGUACCAAUUAAACUUAUUUAUUGCAGAGAAAAUUAAGAUUGUGAACCUAGAUUUGAAGUUAUAUAAAAUGGUAGUAGCAUCCUCAGUAAUGAAAAUCAUCUCUUUCUACGAAUAUGGAGCGGCAUGGGUAAAAAAUAUCAGACAUGUUUGUUACAAUAUCCUUUGUUGGUUGUAAAUGGAAUAGCAAAGUGACGGUAGAGGCCGAAAGAGUUAGGGAGGUUUGCAGGUUUAUAAGAAACAAUGUGUUUGACUUUAUUUUAUGUCCAUCAUCUAACAAUUAACCUGCUGAACCAUAGACACUGAUCUCGUGUUAAUUUUGUCAAGGAUAUGAUGAAAUACCUGUUUAUUGUAUGAAAUCUACUUUUAAAUCCGAUUUGAGAUUACUUUAAUUGCUGGAGUGGAAG